CAAAAUUUGAUCACUAGCUCAGCUGAUUCCAAAUUAACGUUAUGUUUAUUCAAUAAAAUAAAAUGAUAAAAGUAUUUUAUCAAUUCUGUUUAUCCCCAUAAAAUCUACAUUGUUCUUUCUCUGAAAAACUGUGUGUCAUUCGAAGAGUAUGGAACGAUUUAGCUUAGUUGUCUUCGGUUCUUCUGGUUAUACAGGAAUUUACGUUGUAGAAGAGAUUUUUCGUUAUUUGUUUAAAUACGGUCCAAAAUUUACUUGGGCAGUCGCUGGGCGAAAUGAAACAAAACUUCGAGCUUCUCUUUCGACGUCUCUUGAUUAUUCUGGAAUAAGGGACUAUGAUGUCAAUUCAAUUGAAGUUAUUCAGGCAGACACCAGUGACUAUGAAUCAUUGGUUAAAAUGGCUAAAAGAGCUAAAAUUUUGGUUAGCUGUGUUGGACCUUAUCGAAGUUUCGGUGAACCAGUCGUUAAAGCUUGUAUUGAAAGUAAAACUGAUUAUAUCGAUUUUUGUGGUGAACCUCAGUUUUUAGAAGAGAUUCAACUUAGAUACUAUGAUAUCGCUCGUGAAAGAAAUCUGUAUAUACUUCCAUCCUGUGGAUUUGACAGUUUACCCUGUGAUGUUGGUGUUGAAUUCACUAAAUCAAAAUUUCCCGGAACUUUAGAUACUGUGGAAACUUUUCUAUCAGGAAGUUUUAAAAAAGGAUUGAAAGCAAAUUCAGCUACUUGGGAUUGCAUCAUUGAAGGUUUCCAUCAUUCACAUGAAUUAAGACCUCUCCGACGUAAGCUAUUUCCUGAAGUUUUUGGUAACAUUCGACAAUUUAAAACACGCUACCCGAUAGCAAGAAAAUUUCUGUAUCGCGAUGGAGACGGAAAAUUAUACAUACCUUUCCUUGGUAGUGAUCGUUCAGUUGUAAAACGAUCUCAACUACAUUCCUACAAUUUCUUUAAAGAACGACCUGUUCAGAUGGAAGCAUAUACCUACAUGCCUCUUAAAGCUGUCUUUCAAGCUCUCAUCUCUGUCGCUCUUUUCAUGAUUCUGGUUCCUUUUAAAUUUGGUCGUAAACUUCUCCAUGACUAUCCGCGUUUCUUCACUUGGGGACUAUUUCUUCGAGGUGGUCCAUCUAGAGAAGAAGUACUCAGUUCUUCAUUCGAGAUAAUUCUUAAAGGCCGAGGGUGGAAAGAAAAAAUUGCCGAUCCUCUUGAACAACCCACAAGACCUCCAGAUGGUGAAAUAGUGACCAGAAUCACAGGUCCUAAUCCUGGAUAUCCUACAGCAGCUAUUUCAGCAUUAUUUGCUGGUGUUACAUUGCUCGAAGAACGUGACAAGCUACCUGGAAGUGGAGGUGUUCUUACUCCCGGAGUUGCUUUCGCCAAAACAUCAAUUGUUGACCGGUUAAAUGAAAAUGGAAUAAAAUUUGAAGUUAUAUCUGUUUCCUAAGUUGAAAAGCUUAGUUAAAUAGAUAAUUAUGGUUACAAUUUAAUAAUAAUAUUCUAAAAUUCAAUAUUCAAUCAUAUUUUUUGUCUAUGCCAAAUAUAUCCUUAACCCUGCACCAUUA